GAGAGCGGAGCGGACCCUCUGCUGGUAAUCUCGGGUUCCCUCAGUCCAGUGACCCUGUGCAGCUACCACCGUGGAGAUGUCGCUCCGUUUCGAGGCCACCUGUUUGCUGUGCUUCAGUUUCCUGCUCCUCAUCGCUUCUUCAGCAGGACGCAUUGGACUUGGAAAGGGUUUUGGAGAUCAUAUUCACUGGAGGACUCUAGAAGAUGGGAAGAAAGAAGCAGCUGCAAGUGGCUUGCCCCUGAUGGUGAUCAUCCAUAAAUCUUGGUGUGGAGCUUGCAAAGCUUUAAAGCCAAAAUUUGCAGAAUCUACAGAAAUUUCAGAACUGUCCCAUAAUUUUGUUAUGGUAAAUCUGGAGGAUGAGGAGGAGCCCAAGGAUGAAGAUUUCAGCCCUGAUGGGGGUUAUAUUCCACGCAUCCUUUUCUUGGAUCCCAGUGGCAAGGUGCGUCCUGAAAUCAUCAAUGAGAGCGGAAACCCCAGCUACAAAUAUUUCUACGUCAAUGCUGAGCAAGUUGUUCAGGGGAUGAAGGAAGCUCAGGAGAGGCUGACAGGUGAUGCCUUCAGAGAGAAACACCUUCAAGAUGAACUGUGACACAAAGGAGUAUUCUGGAAGAAAAGCAGAGGGGAGGGAACCAACCCAGAACAGUCACACCACCAGGAAACCAGGCUUCUACCUACACUGGGGGAGCUCUCACUGUGGAAGAGGCGUGCUAACCAGGCUGGUCUGUGCAUCCAGCAGCAUGGCCCACUGCGUUCUGCUCCUCCUCUCCUAAAUAUCCAUUCCUUUGAAUGUAAAGGAUGAAGCUAUCUGAUACAAAACUUGAGCCACUUGGAGAUUUACUCCAUGUCAGUAUUUAUGUCUUUACCCAUUUCCUCCUGCUGUGCUCACACUGAACGGAGACGGGAAGUAUCUUUUCUAUAGUGUUUUUUAAGAAGACAUUCUCCUGUUCUCUUGGUGAUAAUCCUGGGCUUCUUCCUGAAUUCCUGUGCCGUUCCUUCUCUGCUCAGGCCUCCCUGCUUGCACGAAUGUGUGUGGAGAAUGGCAGUGCGCUGGGACUCAGCCCCAACCGGAAGCAUGCUUUCCCUGUUGCUGUUAGAGAAACUCAAGCCUUCAAGCCCUGUGUGGAGCCAUUUUGUCAAUUCAUCAACUGUAUUUUUGUACUGGGGUUAAAACAAAAGAUAUUAAUUAUUUCAUUAAGCUUUAAUAAAACUUUGAGUGGAAAGAU